AGAAAAAACAGACAUACAUAAAUGGAUGACGAACUAUGAAUACUUUGACGAUAGUCAAUUGGAAGAAGAUACUAUAGAUAGUCAGUGGAGCCAUAACUAUGGAACACCGGAUCCGACCGCAAGGCUAAAACAGGUUAUGGUGUUGAAGAUUUAAUAUCUGCCAUGUUCAAAGUUUGGCUUUAUAAAGGCGACGUCUUUUUAGUUGGAUGCACAAAUGUUGGAAAAAGUUCACUUUUCAAUGCUUUACUACAGUCAGACUACUGUAAAGUUCAUGCAGUAGAUAUAAUCAAAAGAGCUACUGUUAGCAGAUGGCCUGGGACAACAUUGAACCUGCUAAAAUUCCCUAUUAACAGACCGUCUGGAUGGAAGAUGUAUGAGCGAGCGAACCGGUUAAGAUCGCAGUCCAAACUUAUGAAGAUAGAAAAGGAGAUAAGAAAAGCACAGUUAGAGGGGCAGACGAUCCGCGAGAUGCCAUCUUUGAUCGGCCAUAUUGGUAGAACGUUUUCAGAUCCAAUGGAUUAUGAAGACGGCAUAGAGGACAAUAUACCUGAUAAGAAGCGUAGGAUGAUGGUUUUAGACGAGAAAGACAAGUUAUUCGCCAACAGCAAAUGGUUUUAUGAUACACCAGGGGUAGUGCACCCGGAUCAAGUAUUGUCUCUCCUAACUACAGAAGAGUUGUUAGCUACCAUUCCUAAGAGAUUGAUACGACCGCAGACUUAUUAUUUGCACAAGGGCUCAACUAUCUUCGUGGCCGGACUUGCGAGAUUGGACCUGACAGAUUGCGAGAAUCCGUGUCGCUUUACAAUCUUCUGUUCUGAUCAAUUGCCUAUCACUGUGACGAAAACUGAAGACGCGGACGAGGUGUAUAAUACGUUUUUGGGUACGGAAUUGCUAGCGGUACCAUCAGGAGGGACCGAGAGAUUAAAAAAUUGGCCUAACAUGGAGAAAAAAGUUUUGGAGUUUACAGGAGAGGGCCCUAAGAUCUGCUGUGGUGACAUAGUACUAUCAUCCAUAGCGUGGGUGUCUGUGACUGCGAAGAAGGGUGAUAUUUGCGUGGCAACGGCAUGGACGCCUGAAGGCAAAGGUAUAUUUAGGCGUUAUCCUUCAUUACUACCAUAUUCAAUAAACCUUAAGGGUAAAAGAUUGAGAGAUACGCCAGCUUAUAUGAUAGGGAAAAUAUUUUCCGAUAAAGAUAAUGUACAAAGUUAAAAACUGAUUAGGUUUUAUAAUAUUAAAUGUGAAGAAUCCUAAAGUAAUAAAGAUAGUUUAUUCAUCAAGUAUGUAUAUUACAAUGCGCUUAUGACAGUUAUGACCGUCAAAGCUACGCCGACUGUAACCCUAGACCUCUGACUCGAGAUUUAAAUCCCUCCUAAGUUGUAGGAGUCUCCCAAUAAGGGACCAGCGAGGAACUUGGAUCACUAAUACAAACUCCUACUUUUUUAAUGAAACACUAAUACAAAUUCCUACUUUUAAUAAGGGUAAAUGCUUUAUAGUACCAGAUUAUUAUACAUGCAUAAUGCAGACCUGCCAAAGCAAAACAAUGUUAGUCUAUUGUGUAGUAUACCAGAAGAGAUGAAUGUUAUUUGUCGUAAAAUAAAUACAUCAAAUUUUAUAA